AUGCGUCCCCAGAACAUCCUCGCCGCAGCGUUGAGCUUCGUCCCUCUCGCCCUCGCUCACAUCCCUCACCUCGAUGAUGGAACCCACGUCUCCAUCGCCACUGCCUGGCCAUUCCCCGACCCAGUCAUCACCCGCGUGCUCAUGCUCUCAUUCGACUGUCCAUCCGUUGCCACCUACAGCAAGGUCAGCCUCAACGAUAGCUCUGUCCCCCUGACUGUCGGGAUCGGCAUCCCCAACAUCACCGCCCUGUACGACUACCGCCCCUCCCUAUGGGCCAUCGGCAAAACAGUCGUCACGCCGCCCGAGUACCAGACGGACACUGGCCGCGACGCCUCGGGCAUCCCGAAUAGUGCCGCGUUCAAGCCCGUCGUGCCUCGCGAGUUCAACGCUGUCGAAUACCCCACCGAGGGAAGCGGCAUCUUUGCAGGCUUCAGGGAGGAAUCGAGCGGCAUUUCCGGAUUCGGUACCCUGAGCAUCAACGUCACAGCCAGCGAGCUGGGUGACGUGUAUCUUGUUUUUCAACCGCUUGAGCACCGCCGAGGCCGGGCAUUCAUCUCCCUCGGUACGGCCGAGACCGCUACGCCCGAGGAAGGAUCGGUCCGACGAGCUUCAGGAGGGAGCCUGGUUUGCGGGAAAUACUACUCCAAGGAUGGGCAUGUCGUGUGUUCCGUGGUCCGCUUAAGGUCUUGGUUGGAACUGGGGAUGCGAGGAACCACAUCGAAGUUGAUACCAUCAGAUGGAGUGUCGCCUAGUUAAGAUGCACAUGUCCAGUA